AUGGAUAUCUUCAAUCGAACCCCUGCGGUCUCAGACGAGACGCUGAAAUACGUUCUCUAUCCACAGCAUGCUGACAAGACGUCUGCAACCACACUUGUCGCAUGCAUUCAUUCCUUCGUGGACUCCCUGCUUCCCGCAGCGUUCUUGUGGCAUCGUGAUUCUUUUGCAUUCAAGGUCGCGCUCGACUCAAACACCCAAGGAUGGUUUCUCGAAGGACGAAUGAGGGUCGGAGACUGUGUUGACGAUGAAUGGUGUGUCGUAUGGCUGUUGAAAGAAAUCAGUUCAAAAUGGGAUCUUGCUAUCCGUGUUAAUGACACCGAUGGGGAGUUUUUGCUCAUUGAAGCUGCCGACUCGCUUCCAUCAUGGGUGACACCUAGCAAUUCCGAAAACAGGGUCUGGAUCUACAACUCCCAGUUCCAUCUUAUAGAUCUCAAGCAUGUUUCCCCACCAUCUAAAUUCCCUCGGGUCCAUCGUUCCGCACAUGAUAGUGACGAUGAAGGUGGUGCCAUAGAGGACUUUCUGGCUGUUGACGAUGCUUUAAAGCUUCUUCGUGAUCCGCUUACGAACACGACUGCCCCACCUGAAGUUGCGAGCCUGGUAUGGCAGCGGGUCGCCCAUUACCCCUCUGCUGCACGAAGUCAUGUUCAUUUUGCGAAGGCAUACAUUCCCGAAGACGUAGCGAGAGCUUUGCAUGCCGAUGCGCCGUUGGUGCAGAAAGCGGUGGAAGCGUUCUACACCCGUGACGCUAUGCAAUUGCGCGUAGCACACCGAAUGAGCCGGUUUACGCCAAGCACAUCCGUGUUAACCACAGUCAGAAUGACGAGAGCUGCCUAUGCUCAACUUGAAGGCCAGAAAUUCUUCCCGCCAAAGGCUUUUGGACAAUGGCAGGAGAACGAAUACACAAAAGAAUGGCGAUGGCGGGACAUCGGAAUGAAAAUAGCUGUCGGUUUUGAAAUGCUGUAUCAGGAGUCAAAGGGACGGUCGCAAUCGAUCAACAGCAGUCCUGAAGGGCUGAAGUCGUUGUCGCAAUCUAUAAGGGAAAAUCUCGAAAGGAACCCACAUUAUCGGUCAUAUUUGGAGAAACUGACAUCCCUCCAGUACUUCAGAGGCGAAAUGAAGGGCUCGCAGCGUUGGAACGAGCUGGAAGAGAAGGCCACCUCUGUCUUCUUAUAUUCUCAAAAGCAGGACGAGGUAGCAAGACCGUCCUUUGCUGCUUUAGUCUCUUCCGCAAUUUCUAGGGCUCCUGAACCCUUACCGUUCACCUCGCACAACGAGGACAACGACGACUGGCUGAAUAUAGAUACCAGUAGUGUUGAUGAUAUGCUUGCCAGAAGAUCAUCCAAGAACCCUUUGUAUCCGGAUGCUAUGCAAGUAGACGACCCACCUGAAAUGACUGCCGAAGAUCGCGUCACCUCUGCGCAAGCAUCCAAACUACGCAACCUGGCUGCCCAAGUCGAGGAAUUCAUUGAAGGUGAAGGCGAUUUGGAAGGUGCAAGAUUCAAGGAUGAACUAUUCUCUGACGAAGAGAUGAGCGACGCUGAGACCUCAGAGGAAGACCAAGAUGGAAAAUUUGGAGACGAACAGCGCCAAGCUGACAUGGACACGUUAGUUCCCGGAUUGGAGCCCUCAGAAUACGGAAAAAUGCCUGCAUCAUUCUAUAGCAAUUCUCAAAAGGUACCUGAAGCAACAAUUCAAACUGACGUUGUGAGCGAUAAUGUGCCCCGCUCACAACCUCCCGGGUGGGCAUCUCCCAGGAAGCCGAUUCGGAAGCCGAUUCUUCCUCGUGACAGAUUUGAAGGGGUGGAUUCGGAUGACGAGACUGAUGAGGAUGAUGAACCAGAGGAAGAGGACGAAGAAGACAACCCCCAGGUGAUUGGCGAGGUUGAAGUCGACAUGGGUGAAGAGGAGGACGAAUUCUUGGAAUUCUCAAGACAAGCUCUCGGUAUCAGUGACGAUCAAUGGAACAGCAUAUUGCAGGAUCGAAGAGAUCGAGGUGCGUAUGUCCCAAAAUCUACAUCAAAAAAAACACAGACUACAGAGGUACCCUCUUCAUUCAAAGAGGGUGGGAAGGACAAGAUUGAAUCCAAUCCCUCAACUCAACUCAACCCGAAUCUAGAUUCUUUUGAAGCCCUCAUGAAAGCCAUGGACGCUGAAUUACGCCGUUCAACUAAUGGCUUCGAUAAAGAGGAUGAAUACAAAUUCGAUAAAGGGAAGAGCAAGGCUUCGGUCGCCAACGAUGACGACGAUAUAGAAGCAAUGAUGGCUGAGGAACUCAAAUCUGCGUUGGAACGUGACAACGAGGAUGAGGAUAGCGAAAUGGGAAAUGCGGCCGUCGACUAUAGCCUGAUUAAAAAUUUCUUGGAGAGCUUCAAAAGCCAAGCAGGUUUGUCUGGGCCAGUCAGUACUCUCGCUGGCCGCCUGCAGCCAGAUUGGAAGCUCCCUAGAGAUGAUACAUAG